AUCUCAUCACUUUUAUUUUGAUAUUUACUUCAUUUCAAUCAAUUGAAUAAAAUAAAAUUUUUGUUUUGUAUUUAAUAAUUCUUAAUCUUAUAAAAUAAAUUCUCAAUGGAUAAAUUCGGUUUACCUAAAAAAGUUAAUCGUCAUGUUAUCAAAGCUAUUUAUGAGGGAUUAGAAAAACCAAAUCUUUCAAAUAUUUACGGUUUUGUAAAAGAAAAAAUGAAAAAUAAUGUACCAGUACCGUUUUUGAAGACUGUAGUAAGGCAAUCGCUUCAAAAUUUUCACGAGCUUGGUGUUAUUGAGAGGAAAGGCACAAAUUACUAUAGAAGAGAGUGCGUAGAUUCAACCCCAAUAAUCCCCUCAAAACCUAUAAAUACAGGUAUUUUCAAAAAGACGGUUCAGACAGAAAAAGAAAGUAAUUUAAAUCCCAACAAAAGAAAAAGACUUACCCAUAGUGACGACUCAAUUCCUGAGAAUGAUCCUCAUAGUUCAUUAAAACGACUUCGCACAAGUAAACCCCUUUCGCGGAAGGGUCAUGGGGUUUAUUUGCCAAGAGCUAGAUCGCAUCACCAAGAUGAAAUCUAUGAAUGUGUUGAAAUAGACGAACAGUCCAGCCCUGGUUCUCAUUCUGAUUCUGAUUCUGAAUGUAACUCUGAAGGAAAGGAGGAGAAAACAUCAUUUUUUUCAACAACCGAAAUCGUUCCCUCUAAAUCAAACGAAAAUAUUAGUAAAGUGACUGAUUCGCAAUCACGGAUAAAUGAACUAAGUAAAUUUAACAUUAAUUCAGUUCAAGUUCGUGUCAAGAAAUUGGACGUAUUAAAUAAAAUUGACACACAAAUAGACGAACGGCGGAUUGAAGAUCUACAAUGUUCGGAAAGUCAUCAAAUCCCAAAUGAAUCCAAACAUUCAAAUGAAAAAAUGACCGACGAAAAUAUCAAUGAUAGGUUGUCUCUUCAAAGUAGCUUAAAAUUGAACGAAGAACCAAAAAGCUCGGAAUUCAAUGAAACGAAAAAUGAACAACAAAACUAAAUUAUUGUUUGUUUUUAGUUAUAAAAAUAUUAAAAAAUAAAUGUGUGUGUGGUUAAAUGUUUAA